GAGAUUCUUUUAUUUUUCAUUGAAACGGUUUCGAGGGCGGAGCGGAAUUGCACUACUUCUUGCGGUACAACCUCUUCCGGUCCUCUUUCCAGCUUCCCGUGCAACAUGACCAAGAAGAGGAGGAAUAACGGUCGUGCCAAGAAGGGCCGUGGGCAUGUGCAGCCCAUCCGCUGCACCAACUGUGCCCGUUGUGUUCCCAAGGACAAGGCCAUCAAGAAGUUUGUCAUCAGAAACAUAGUGGAGGCGGCUGCUGUGAGAGACAUCACAGAGGCCUGUACCUAUGAGGUGUACCCUCUGCCCAAACUCUACGUGAAGCUGCACUACUGUGUCAGCUGUGCCAUUCACAGUAAAGUGGUGAGGAACCGCUCCUGUGAGGCCAGGAAGGACCGCACCCCACCACCCAGAUUCAGGCCCACUGCCGGUGCACCAAGAGCAGCUCCAAAGCCUGUGUAAAGCAGAAUUUGAGGAUGGUGUAAACAAGAAUAAACUGUCUUUGAGAAAA